GAAAAAGGCCAUUAAGACGCCUUAUACUAUGGAUCUAAGCGUUGACGAGGCCUUUCUAUCUAAUUUUCCUCCUUUAUCCGAUAUUUGUAUUCUUCAUUGUUCAUUUUCUGUAUGGUACGCACGUUAUCGUUCUAUUACACCUAAAGCCAGAAUAAUUAAGCCUUUACCUCCAGAGUUUAUUGCAUAUUUGAGUCAAGAUAGCAUUGUUCUUCCAUGUGGAAUUAGUGAUAAAGACUCAGAUAGUAGUUCAAUAAGUGAAUCAGCAGAUCAAAUAAUGGAUAUUCCAGAUAAUCCAGUUAUUGCUUUUCAAGCUUUGGAUGAUGAAAUUACUCGUACAAUUGAAUCACUUAAUGGAGCAGUUUUUCCAAAGCUUAAUUGGUCUUCACCUAAAGAUGCAGCAUGGAUUACAUCAAGUCGAAAUUUACGUUGUACAACUUCUUCUGAUAUAUAUCUUCUUUUUAAAAGCUCAGAUUUUAUUGCUCAUGAUUUAUUUCAUGCUUUUGAUGAUUGUAUAUCAUCUCCUGAUGUUCAUGUUGAAUAUGAACUUGUUUUGAAACAAUGGUUUACAAUAAUUCCAUCUAUGGAAUUUCGUUGUUUUGUUAAACAACGUUGUCUUAUAGGUAUUUCUCAACGUGAUCUGAAAUAUUAUGCAUUUCUUGAAUCAUUAAGACCAAUUGUUAUAUCUCUUGCUGUGGAUCUAUUCAAUUCCUAUUUAAAAGAUACUUUUCCUGAUGAAAAUUUCAUUUUUGAUAUCUAUAUUCCCCCGUCAAAAUCUAGAGCAUGGCUAAUAGAUAUUAAUCCUUGGCAUUAUAGGACUUUAUCACUUUUAUUUUCUUGGAAAGAACUUUUAAGUGAUUCAUUGCCUUUUAGCAAUGAUUCACCUCAACUUCGUCUUGUGGAUGCAGAUAGUAAAUCAUGGGGACCUUCACAAUUUGUAUCACAACGGUUUUCAGAAGACAUUAUACAUACAGAUACAUCUGAUUUUGAUAUAGAAAAAUAUAUAAAAAAGCUUCAAGAUAUGAAUACUACUACAAAUGCUACCAAUAAUACGAUCAUGACAAAAUGA